AUGGUGCAGUGUGCCGCACUUAACUGCACAAUAAAAUCUGGCCAGGGAAUUAGCCUGUAUUUGUUUCCGAAAGAUCCCAAAUUUAGAAAAAUUUGGACUCUCAAAUUGAGAAGAGACGGUUUUCAUCCUACUCAAUACAGUAAACUUUGUGAACGACAUUUUGACAAAGAUCAAUUCUCGAUAAAUCCUGACAUUGCAAACAACGUAAAGUUUCAGUUAAAAAACAAGAUCUUGAAAUCAGGAGCUGUGCCAUCUCUAUUCGAUUACACGGAUCCCAAAGAAAAAAGGCUAUCGGUUAAAAGAUCAGCUAGCCCCACGUCUCAGCAACAUGACAUUGACAGGCCAGACGUUAGCAUGGUUGGUCGUUCCAAGUCAGAUGCCCUUGCGAAAAUCACCAAAAGAAGACGCUAUAACAUUUUAGAUGCCAGUGAUAUUGACAAUGAUGAAUUACCACAACCACAAGAUGAUCAAAGAUCAGGUGACACAGUCUGUCCAGCAAAUUUUAAAGAAACAAAUGUUCAACAAGUUCAGUGCUAUUCCACA